CCCUUCUGACCUUAAAGUCCAUGAGUCUAUGAGUGGAGCAGCCCCCCCUUUUAAUCCAUUAACUAAUUAAACAUACUAUUUAACCAGUUAGCUGAUUAAUCGGGGAUUUUACAUCCCUACCGAGGAUGUGGAGAUCUGCAAGUCAUUUCUGAAAAUGCAGCUGCGGAUACCAGUUUUGUUUCCACACAGGGCUCCACUAAAAGGGUGCUUGAGCUGGAUAAAAUGAAUGCAAAUAUAAUUCCUAUGGAAACAGAACAGCGGGGAAUCAGCCUGGAACUGGACAGCUGCCUGCAGGGCACCCCUGGGUUACCCUGUCGAGCUUUUAUCUGGCAGCCCCCAGGGAAGAGCCCCUCACAACUCCCGCUGCUCCCCACCGACAGCCACUGUCAUGAGCCGGCCGCGCAGGGCGCGGGCGCUGGCAAAUAUAAGGCAACCGCCGUGUGCGCUGAGCACGCUCCGCCUCACAGCCUGGGCUCUGGCCCACUCCCUGGUUCCAAAUAGCGCCUAGCCCUUGCGCCCCUUUGUCUGACACGCCCCCCUUAGUUCCCGCCCUCGGCCGGUGAGGAUAGUACUGCACAUGCGCGGGGCCUAAAAUGCGUUUCUCCCUUUAAAUCACUACGCGUGCGCCUCGCCUUGUUAGGCGGCGCGGGCUGGGGUAGGAAUCCAGCCGUACUGAGAGCAUUGCGCGUGCGCGGCGGAGGGACGCUCCAGGCUUAGUUUUUUUUCCGGCGGCCUUUCAUCCGCGCCGUUGCGCCGUGCCGUCACAACGCAAAGCCGCUGUGACGUAGCAAGCGGUGGCCUUACGUAGCUGUCUUUCCUUCUUCCCGUCGCGAUCGACAUCCGGGUACUUGGGGCUGCGGGAGGCUCUGAGGGGAGGUAGCGGCGGCGGCUUCCUAGCGGAGAGGCCGUGGAGCAGCUCCCCAGCGGGUCAGUACGGAGCGGGGGCGGGGCAAUCUGAGGACCCGCUGGGGGCGGGGUGUAUAUGGCGGCGGAUCUGUCCGCCCUGGCUGCUAGGCUGUCGCAGUCGGCCGCCGCCAGGUCCUACGGGGUCUUCUGCAAGGGGCUGACCCGGACCCUCCUCAUCUUCUUCGACCUGGCCUGGAAGCUGCGGAUCAACUUCCCGUAUCUCUACAUCGUGGCCUCCAUGAUGCUCAACGUCAGGCUACAGGUUCAUAUUGAAAUCCACUGACUUGAGACUUGCUGUGCUUAUUGUACUCUCUGCUGCAACUAGGGUUAUUAGGUAAUGUUUUUUUAGCAAAAUGCGAAGUUUGAAGGACAGAAGAGCUAUGAUUGUCUCCCAUAUGACUGUGGAGGAGGAGGAAGAUUUAAACCAUGAACAGUUAUGUGAAAGUGGCCCAAAUAGCCAAAACAAGGUCUUUCACCUUCCAGACAUACAUUCCUUGCUGAAUGAUUCUCAGGUUGAUGUUAAUAAUAGCUUACAAAAAGAAUUCUUCUCUCUUAAGAUCAGGAAUUGUUCUUUAUUUAAGGCUGUACCUUUGCCUCAUAUUGGCAAGAAAAUGCCCCCUCAUUUGAGUGAACCAGCAAGGUUAAAUUUAAGUGCAGCUGUCUCUUCAAAGGAUUCAUAUCAUCUGUUUGUUUCACCUGAGAGAGGACAACUUGAUAAGAUUUUUAACCACUUUGAUAAUACUUUUGUGACAGGUUGGCUGGAGAAAGCAUAUAGUUCCAUUAGUGACUUGGGUGUCUGGUGUUGCACUGGAGAUAACUUUGUACACUUUGCACAUUUCUGGCUGACAGAGCUACAUGACAAUCAGAAACGGCAGCUGUUGGAAUUAGAAAUGGAUAUUAUUGAAGAUGAACUGCAACUUGCAUUUCUUGAGUUGGAUUCUGAGUUGCAACCUUCUGAUCUGAAUUCCAUCCUUGCUGCCACAUUGAGUGAAUAUCCUAUGGAACUGUUGAGCAACCAGAAAUCGUACAUUUUCCUUGACUAUUUAAGCCUCAUGUCGUCAGAGAAAACCAGUGGAUAUAAAAAAAUGCUUUCAAGUAUAAAAUAUACAACAAAUAAUCCUCAGGUUACACAAUGGCUACUAGCUGUACGAGCUUGUGCACUAGCAAAUCUUUGGCAUGCUGUAGUGAAGUUUUAUAAGGCAUUGGUCAGUACCAGGCUCCUUCCUGAAGUACAUAUCAAGAGUUCUGUUUCUGCUACUACAAAGCAAACAAAUGAAGUGGUUAAAGAAAGAGCUCUACAGAGUGUCCAGUUGGGAUAUGUGGAUGUCUUGCAUUAUAUUAUUUUAAACCAGAAGCUUGACCUUGGUACUGUAGAUGAAAAAAAUCGAAAUCUGAUAUUUUUAGCCACAAUAUAUGACCAACCAAAGAUACUGGAUUAUUUUCUUGACAUGGGACUCCCUAUACCUGACAUUAACCAACCAGCAGAAAAUGGAAACACACCACUUCAUGCUGCAGUGAACACUGGAAAAAUGCACCUUGUAUCAUUGCUGUUGCAUUAUCCUGGAAUUAAUGUGAAUUUCCCAAAUCCCCAGUGUGAUGGAGCUACUGCACUACAUCUUGCUAUUGCCUAUGGGUACUUGGGAAUUUGCUAUUUAUUAUUGAAUGCUGCAGCUGAUGUGGAAAGCCCCCUGGGAGAUCUAACACCUGUGCAACUUGCUGAGAAUUUUGGUAAUAAAACUAUAACUAAGUUCGUAAAGAUGCAUGUUAAAAAACUUAAACUUGAAAAUAAAAUGUUUGCCUGAUUCUGUAAAGCAUAAUAGCAUUUUCCAAUAUAUCUAUUUUAAUUUUAUACAUUGCAUUUCUUUUAAACUUUUGACAUUACAGUACAGUACUGCUUUUAUCUGUGGUAUGGCAGCUUGCCAACAUUAGUUUUUAGUGAUAAAUUCUGCAAUACAGCCAUGAAAGAUUUUAUAUCUUAGGCUACUUCCUUCUGUUAUUUUAUGAUCUUUCUGGUUUUGUCUGUUCUCAGCCAAAUGACAACUGGUUCUGUUUUAUUAUAUAAAUAAAUGAAAGGAUGUAUAUAAUCAACUUCAUAUUAAAACUGACAAUGGCU